AUGAAGUGUUAUGAGCAAAAGCAGUUCAAAAACGGACUUCGUCACGCCAAGGCGAUUUUAUCUAAUCCGAAAUGUACGGAUCACGGAGAGACUCUUUCCAUGAAGGGCUUGAUUCUUUCGGCGAUGAACAAGAGGGAAGAAGCAUUGGAGCUGGCGAGAAAAGGGUUGAGCAAAAACUUUCGCUCGGGAACUUGUUGGCAUGUUUACGGACUUGUCUUGCGGUCUGAGAAGAAGUAUGAAGAGGCAAUUAAGGCGUACUCAAACGCUGUAAAAUGGGAAAACCGUAAUCAACUCAUUCUGAAAGAUCUCAGCCAUCUCCAGAUUCAAAUGCGCGAUUACGAAGCCUUCAAGAAAUCCCGCCUAGACUUGUUGACACUUCGUCCUACUCUGCGCGCUUCCUGGAUUGGUUUCGCCGUGGCUAAUCACCUUCUCGGCGAGCUUGAUACGGCAUUUGAUGUUCUUGAGGAAUUCCGCACGACUCAAAAUAAAACUGAAGGACAACGAAGCAGGGACCACGAUUCUGACUAUGAGAACUCGGAGAUUAUCCUCUACCAAGCAAAGAUACUUAUCGAGCAAAAGAAGCACAAGCAAGCCGUUGAGUUUUUGGAGAAGAAUACGGAAGAGAUACUUGAUGUGCCGCAAUACCAUGAAACCCUAGGAGAUCUUCGCCUUAUUCUCGGAGAAAACGAUCAAGCCGAGGAGCACUUCACUCUUCUUGUCCAUCGAAAUCCUGAAAAACGAGUCUACUACGAAAAACUUGCUCAAGCAGUCGAAGCGACUUCCGAUCCCCUCCGUAUUAACGAGUUUUACGAUGCGAUGGCGAACGCCUUUCCUCGUUCCAAACUCCCGCUUCUUAUCCCCUUGGAAAUCGUCGAUGGCGAGAUCUUCAGCAAGCGUCUUCGUCACUACUUCAAAUCAUCCCUUCGAAAAUGCCUUCCAAACAUACAUGUAACCCUCCGCCCAAUUUACAACGACGCGACGAAACGCAAUGAGCUCGAGCAGCUGGCUCUCUCCUUCCUUGCGCAGCUGGAGAAUACGGAAUCGAUGGAAGACGGGGACGAGCGCGAGUCACCUGCAUGUCUUGUCUGGCUCUACCACUUCCUCGCGCAGCACUUCGACUACUUGAAGGACUACGAGAUGGCCUUACGCUAUGUCAACCUUGCUUUGGAGCAUACACCUACUAUCACAGAUCUGUAUGUUACCAAAGGCAGGAUAUACAAGCACGCUGGACACAUUCAAUACGCUGCUGCAUGCCUUGACGAAGCUCAGAGUCUCGACACUGCCGAUAGAUAUCUCAAUUGCAAAUGCUGUCGCUAUCUUAUCCGGGCCGGAGAAGUCGAAAAAGCCGAAAAAAUGGCCGAACAGUUCACUAGAGAAAACACAACAGUUCAAGAAAACCUAAAAGAGAUGCAAGUUCUUUGGUUCCAAAUAGAGUGUGCUCAAGCCUAUUACAGACAAGGUAAAUAUGGUUUGGCACUUAGAAAAUGUUGCGAAAUCGAAAAUGUCUUUGCCGAUGUUACAGAGGAUCAAUUUGACUUCCACAACUAUUGUAUGAGAAAGAUGACUCUAGGAGAGUACGUCGAAAUGCUCAGAUGGGAAGACUCCGUUCGAGAACAGAAAUACUUCCGAGCAGCAGCCCUCAUCGCGGUCAAUAUUUAUAUUCAAAUUCACGAUGGAAGCUGGAAUCCUGAAACAGGAGGAAGCGCAUCUGCCGAAGCGAAUCUAAGCGAAGCGGAGUUGAAGAAACUCAAAAGCAAGAAAAAGAAAGAAGCGCUAAAGAAAAAGAAGGAGGACGAGAAAAAGAAGAAAGAAGGCGCGAAGCGAAACGCAGAGCCUGUGAAAGAAGAUCCCCUCGAACCGGAAAAGCUGCUCAAAGAGGCGCAAGAAAAGGCACUUGAGAAAGCAAAAGAAUGGUGCCAGUGGCUUGAAACGCUGAGCCCCAAUUGGCUCCCGGGACAAGUUGCUGCAUAUGAGCUAGCAAAGAGGCGUAAGCAGCCCUUCCAGCAGCUGAGAGCGGUUAAGCGGCUUAUUAAUCAUCACGGACUAGACAACGCGGCCGUGCACUUCACUGUCUGCGACUGGAUCAGCCAGGCAAAGCAGACAAUUGACUCCGUUGAAGAUGAAGUUGUCUCGAAAGUGCUAGCUGAUGGACAUGGCGAGAUCCAGGCGCUUACAGGAGAUGUAGCUUCUUAUAACAAAAAGUAUUUGACAGAUAACAGAUCAUCAUAUCCUCAUCGCCUCCAGGUCGCCCGCGUCGCCAAGAUCGUCGAGAAAUCGGACGACAUCGAAUCUAUCAUCGAAGGCGACUUUUCCGCCGGUACUAUCGAUGAUUACAAAGAAGGAGUUGCCUUGUCCAAGAGCUCAAAAUUGAUUGAAGCUGCUAAAUCCCUGUUCCCUCUUGCGAUUGAGUUCGGAGCCGAAUCGGAUAAUCCCCCUCGAAUGCUGAAGGAGUUCGACCAAAGCAACGGUCAAAAGAACGAAAAGUAA